AUGACUUCGGAGCAGAUCAAAGACACAGCCAGUUUGGGUGUUGUCGGAUGCCUGGAAAUCAACUCCAUAUUACUUUUUAAUAUGGAUAGACAACCAUUGUUUAUAUUCCGUGGCUCACCUUCCAGAAGCACAGCAUUAUGCUACAUUCCUACCUCAUGUAGGCUGUGCUCUUCUCUGCAGGUUUUGGAGCAGGCCAGAGUGGAAAUCCCCCUGUUUCCCUUUAGCAUCGUGCAGUUCUCUUUUGAGCCCUUUUCACCCAUCCUUACUGAGGAGAUGAACAAAAGGAUGAGAAUCAAGUGGGCAGAGAUGUCUACUGUCUAUGCUGGGCCAUUUAGCAAAAAUUGCGACCUCAGGGCUCUGAAGAGACUAUUUAAGAGCUUUGGCCCAGUCCGGUCAUUGACUCUUGUUCUUGAGACUCAUCAGGUAAGAGAGAUCAUAAAACUGAAAUUUUUAACUUCUAUAUUAGUGUUAGGAAUUUAG